CUCCAUGCUGCUCUCGGCCAGUGGCUCCAUCGCCUUCAAGACCUGCAGCCGCUCUGAGGACGUGGCUUCCUUCACUUCUCCAGAGAUGGUGCUGGCUCGAACAUCCUCCAGCAGGCAGGACGUGGAGAAGCACAUUUACCAACAGAUUAGCAGGGGUGAGAAGCUGUUGUAUUUAAUGGCUCCCAAGAUCAUCUCACCAGCAAUUGGAGCACCUGGGUUCGUCACCAAAGACGAUAUGGUUCCAGACCAAAGGUGAAAGUGACUAGCUGACAGAUUGCAGGUGAUUACACAAAAUGACCAAUAAUGCACCUCUCUCAAUGUCAACUCAAAGUUAACUGGACAGAAUGUCUUUGAAUGCAUUGUAGAAGAAUAUUUACCAGUCAGCAAUCUCUCUCCAAGAGGUACACUACUCACAAGUAGCCUCUGAAAGCCUUAAUAUGAGGGAGCGGAGGAAGCAUUUCACGCCCUUUCGUGGCAAAACCCAGUAUAAAAACCUCAUGAUUCACUUCUAAAGGACUGUUCUCUUAACUUGUUUCAUACGUUAAAAUUCAGAUAUAUGUAAACAAGCUUUGUUCUGAUUAAUUGUCCUGAAAUGUGCAUCAUUUAAAAAGCAGUCCAUGCUAAAACACUCCUUAAAAGUUGGUCUGAAUGGAUGAAUGGAGCUAAACUGCUGUAGACUGAAUAGGUGGGAGUCUAAAGAGAGAUUCAAAGAGAUUCAAAGAGUUUAUUGUCAUGUGCACAGUAAGAAACAAGUUUCCUCGUACAAUGAAAUUCUUUCUUUGCCCCUCGCCAAGUAUGCCGCAUAAAGAUAAAAAUAGAAAAAAUACAAUAAAAAAAGAAUAAACUAACAAAAUAUAAAUAUUAAAUUGGUGUUAAAUUUACAUCCAUGAUGGAAAUAUAUACAUGAAAACAGUAAUGGGGUAUGGUUAUUAUUUACAAGUAAGUACAUGUUAUCUACAGCAGUGGAAUAUGAAAAAAGUGCAAAAGGUUCAGUAGUGCAAUUAUAAAAUUAAAGUGAGCAUGUGCCUCUGAGAAAUGUCCUUGACAUGUAAACGUGUAGAGAGUAAUGUGAAUGGUUAUUUCUGAGGUAGGUUCAAGAGUCUGGUAGCAGUGGGGAAGAAAGAGUUCUUUAGCCUGGUGGUUUUGCAUUUCACACUUCUGUACCUCCGGCCUGAAGGCAGAAGAGUGAACAGUCCUUGCUGGGGGUGGGUAGAGUCUUUGAGGAUGGAGGCAGCUCUCCUGAGGACUCUCUGGUGGUAGAUGCUCUGCAGAGAGGGCAGUGGAGUUCUGAUGAUCUUCUCCGCAGUUUUUACCACUCUCUGCAGGCGUGUACGGUCCGUCACAGUAGUGUUGCCGUACCACACGGUGAUACUGUUGGUCAAGAGGCUCUCAAUGACACAGCUGUAGAAGUUGCAGAGUAUCUUGGGAGACAUCCCGAACUUACUCAGCCUCCUUAGGAAGUAGGAAGUUUUAACCAGCUGUGUGGUGUUCAAUGUCCAAGUGAAGUCCUCACUGAUGUGGAUGCCCAGGUAUUUAAAACUGUUCACCCUCUCCACUUCAAGCUCCCGGAUGAACAGUGGCUGAUGAGGUCUCCUCCCCCUCCUCAUGUCCACUAUCAGCUCCUUCGUCUAAACUGCUGUAGGCUGAGUGGGUGGAGCUAAACUGCUGUAGGCUGAAUGGGUGGGGCUAAAGUGCUGUAGGCUGAAUGAGUGGCACUCUAAACUGCUGUAGUCUGAAUGGGUGGGAGUCUAAACUGCUGUAGUCUGAAUGGGUGGGAGUCUAAACUGCUGUAGUCUGAAUGGGUGGGAGUCUAAACUGCUGUUGUCUGAAUGGGUGGGAUUCUAAACUGCUUUAGUCUGAAUGGGUGGGACUCUAAACUGCUGUAGGCUGAAUGAGUGGCACUCUAAACUGCUGUAGGCUGAAUGAGUGGGAGUAUAAACUGCUGUAGGCUGAAUGAGUGGGAGUCUAAACUGCUGUAGGCUGAAUGGGUGGGACUCUAAACUGCUGUAGGCUGAAUGAGUGGCACUCUAAACUGCUGUAGGCUGAAUGAGUGGGAGUAUAAACUGCUGUAGGCUGAAUGAGUGGGAGUAUAAACUGCUGUAGACUGAAUGGGUGGGACUCUAAACUGCUGUAGUCUGAAUGAGUGGGAGUCUAAACUGCUGUAGGCUGAAUGGGUGGGAGUCUAAACUGCUGUAGUCUGAAUGAGUGGGAGUCUAAACUGCUGUAGGCUGAAUGGGUGAGAGUCUAAACUGCUGUAGGCUGAAUGAGUGGGAGUCUAAACUGCUGUAGGCUGAAUGAGUGGGAGUCUAAACUGCUGUAGGCUGAAUAGGUGGGAGUCUAAACUGCUGUAGGCUGAAUGGGUGGAGUCUAAACUGCUGUAGGCUGAGUGGCUGGGGCUAAACUGCUGUAGGUUGAAUGGACAAGAUGAAACUUCUAAAGAGAACUGAUGCUUUUGUUCUUUGCUGGUUCUAGAUGGUGGUUUUCUCACUGGGGAUGACACUUUACUGGACUGCAGAUUAUCAGCUACCUCAAAAUCAGCCUGUUCAGCUCAGCAACCACCUGAACAGUCUUCUGCUGAAGAUGUGUGAAGAGGCGGCUCUCAGACGGCUGGAUCUCCUGGCUGUGCUGGAGGAGAGCGAGCAGCACCACAAGAACGCUCUCCUCCCUCCCCCAGACACAGUCAUCAGACAGCUGGUCCAGGACGUCCUGCAAGACCCUGCUGAGAAUGCUUUGGGUAACACAAUUCAUUUAACAGACCGAAGUCAGCUGGUUAGAGACAGACUCAGAGGAAGCUCCAGUCAGAAUUCUGCUUGGGCUCCAAAAGGGAACGGCUUACCCUUACUCGCUUUCCCAGCUGAGACUAAUAGAAGCAAUCAGGGCUCCAAUCCCAGCAGCAUCAGCAGCAGCACGUGGCAGAUCCGCAGUCCAAACCUCAGCCGACGCCAGCAGAUUAACUCCAAACCUGACCAGUCCUUUGAUUCCUCGUUCAGCCUCAGUGAGAAGAAGCUGAAGGACUUGGGCCCAGAGUUUGUAAGAAUGUUGGAUGAGCCUCUGGUUAUCCUGGAGCUGCCCAAUUCCAUUGUGUCAAAGAAAGGGAAGUCAUGCUCCACUCAAAGAGACCUGAGAGUGGUAAUGCCGAACGGACAGGUGAUCCUGGUGAAGUGUGAUGUGAAAUCCAGAGGAGGAGAUGUGUUUGACAUGAUCAUUGCCCACUCUAACCUGGUGGAGCACUUCUACUUCGGCCUGGCCUACAGUGAUGAUAACGAGUUCUUCUUUCUCGACAAUGAAACCAAAAUCUCCAAAGUUGCUCCGGACAGCUGGAAAAAAGAACUCACCUCCUCCUUUAUCCUUCAUUUCCGAAUCAAGUUUUUCGUCAGUGACAUCACUCUCCUUCUACACAAGUUGACCCGGCAUCAGUACUACCUGCAGCUGAGGAGGGACAUCCUGGAGGACCGGCUGCCCUGUGAUGAGGAGACCGGGCUGAUGCUCGCUGCCCUGGCCCUUCAGGCUGAGUUUGGGGACAGCAUGCCUGAGGUGUACGGGAAGAACUACUAUCGUCCUGAGCACUACGUCUCCAGGAGCGUACUGGAGAAGAUGGCCUUGCCUUGCCUGAAAGAAGAUCUCUUGCGGCUGCAUGCCAAUAAUGCCAGCAUGAUCGCCGAAGAGUCAGAACUGGAGUUCCUCAAGGCCAUUCAACAGCUUCCAGAGUAUGGGGUGCUAUUUCACCACGUGGCCUGCGAGAAGAAGCCCCUCAUUGCAGAGCAGGUCCUGGGGAUCUGUGCCAAAGGCGUCAUCGUUUACGAAGUAAAAAACAACUCCCGGUUUGCCAGCCUGAGAUUCCACUGGAGAGAGACUAUCAACAUCUCAGCAGCCAGACGUAAGUUUGUGAUUGAAAGCAGCAUCAGUAAGAAGAAGCACACCUUCGUAAUGGAGAAGUCCAAAAUCGCCCGCUAUCUCUGCAGCCUGUGCACGGCUCAGCACAAGUUCCACAAGGAGAUGAGCUCUCGCCAGCUCAGCCACAGCCUUGCCUCAGAGCAGAGUAUUGUGCAGUAUGCGUCUGUCUGCCAGGCCCAGAACAACAUCUCCUGCUUAAAUGGCAUGCUGAACAACAGUGGGCUCAAUGCUGCCCGCCAGAACCCCAUGAGCAAGCUGUGUGAUGACAUUGCCAACCGCAUAGAAACCCGGAUCAAACAGCAGAGAGACUUACUGGAGCAGUCUGGUGCCACAAGCCCAGUUUUGCAGAGGUUUGCUGCUGGACCUCAGAAACGAAGUUCUGAUGUUCCUUCCGUGUCAUCUGCCUUAAGAGACACUCCAACCAGUGUCAGGCCACCUGAGAGGGAAAUCAUCUGUGUGAGUUUGAAGAAGGAUCCUAAACUAGGCCUUGGUAUCGUAAUUAUUGGAGAAGACAGUACCGGCCAUCUGGACCUAGGAAUCUUUAUUGCCUCUGUUGUGCCAGGAGGACCAGCGGACAGAGACGGACGCAUCAGACCAGGUGGCCGCUUGAUCUCUCUGAAUCAGACCAGUCUGGAGGGCGUGACCUUCAGCGAAGCGGCAGAAAUCAUGCAGAACAGCCCCACCCAGGUGGAGCUCAUCAUCUCCCAGUCCAAAGCAGUGAGGAAGCCCACGAGUGGCCUAACAGAGAGGAGCUACGAGUCUCAGACCACACUGCGGGCGGACAGCCGGGCAGAUGAUGGGCUGGACGAGCUGGUGACGAUCAUGAUGACACCGAAGAUUGGGAGCAGACUGCAUGUGCCUGACGUGCGCAUCCUCAAUGCUCAGGAUGAUUACUCCAGAUCAGCAUCUCUGACGAGUCUGAGAGCAGAGGAGUUCAGUGUGCAGCUGAGAAAGGUUUCCGGCGGUCUGGGAAUCAGCAUAGCGGGAGCACUGAAUGCAGGGCUGCAGUCUGAAGGAAUUUAUGUGAAGAGUCUGGUUCCUGGAGGAGCAGCAGAUCAAGAUGGACGCAUACAGUCAGGGGACAGGCUUUUGGAGGUCGAUGGAAACAGACUGCAGGGCUGCUCAGAUCAGCAAGCUGCUGAGUGCCUCGCCAACACAGGGGAGGUUGUGAAUUUGGUGCUGGAACGGGAUGGCACUCCUAUAACGAGAAGAAGCACACCGAGUCCUGAACCCCGGCAUAAACUCACUGUUCUGACCCCUGGUGUUGUAUCACCACAGUUCAGGAACAACAGCUGCCCUGCUAUUACCAUGACCACGCCCUUUGCCAUAAGGCCCAACGAUUACAGCUUUGUGACUGAAGACAACACCCUGGAGGUGACACUGCAGAAAAGACUGAACGGCCUCGGCUUCAGCUUCCUAAUCUCUGAGCUGGACACGUCUCUGGACUGCGGCACUGUGGUGCGGGUGAGGACGCUGUUUCCAGGCCAGGCAGCCGAGGAGAGCGGUCUGAUCCAGGAGGGAGACGUGAUUCUGGCUGUUAAUGGGGAAUCGCUGAAGGGUCUGUCCUAUCAGCGUGUGCUGCAUCUGCUGAAGGGCUCGACUGCAGAGGUCAAGCUCAUACUCUGUCGGCCUGCUGCAGGAACACUGCCCCCCAUAUCUGAGAAAAUAGGCCAACUGACCUGCAGCUGAGAACCAAAACAUCUGGUCAAAUGGCCAAUAAAAUGAGGUCUCCAGACCAUCACCACUAUGAGUGAUGGUUCCAGUGGAGCCCAGGAGCACAAUGUGACUGUGUGGGUCCUCCAAAGAAAAGCAAGGCAUCCAGCUCAUUGGAAAGUGGCGCUAGAAGAGAUAACUGCCCGUUGAGAGGACCCUCUUGUGGAAUGAGACACUGUUUAAAA